UGUUUGUUUAUGCUGUGUACCAAACGUCGGCAACCCAAUUGAUGCUCGCAAUAUGUCAGCUACUGACCAAAUCCGUGCCCUUCUGGAUGAAUAUAUGGGAACAACCCGAAAUGGUAAGUUAUCUCCUCAAUGUUUGUUGCUUGAUAUGUAUUGUCAAAUGGCCCACGACUUUCUAAGUGCGUAGAUAAGGUUUUUCUGAGCUUUGCACUCAAUUUGUCUCUUCAUUAUUUUUAAGGUGUUCAUGAAUGUGUUUGUGCGGUUGAAUGUCAAUUCAUAUGUUAAAUGUAAAUGCGUUAAUUUUUCCUAUUCUAUGAAAAUUGUUGACCGCAUAUACUGGUAACGCCUAUUUAGGACAAGAACCAAGGAUAGAGUUUGAUAAUCCUCGCGUCUGUAAAAGUUAUCUACUGGAUUGUUGUCCAAAUGAAAUAUUAUCGGGAACGGUAGGUUUUUGAUUUUUUUAACCAUGUUUAGCGAAUGGACUUGGGAAACUGUCUUUUCAUACAUGAUCCUGCUCAUAAGGCAGAUUAUCGCAAAGAACCAGACACGAAAAAAUUCCAAUAUGAGCUUGAUGCACUAGAGCAUUUAGAGGCAUUCAUUCGGGACUGCGAUCAACGUACGGAUGUUGCGAAGGCAAAGCUACGGGAGACCCAGGAAGAAUUAACAGAUGAAGCUUCACAAAAGGCUGAACAUAUAAAUCAACUAAGCGAGCAAAUAGGAACAAAGUUAGCUAAGGCUGAACAACUUGGCGCAGAUGGCCACGUUGAGGAAUCUUUGAGACUUAUGAAGGAGGUUGAAGAAUUGAACUUGGAAAAAGCGAAAAGUGAAGCAGAUUUGCGGACUGCAAUUCCAACAAGCACUUACCAGCAACAGAAGCUUCGGGUCUGUGAGGUUUGUUCUGCUUAUCUUGGUGUGCACGACAAUGAUCGUCGACUUGCAGACCAUUUCGGAGGAAAAUUGCAUCUGGGUUUUAUUGAGAUUCGGCAAAAAUUAGCUGAGUUGAGGCAGUAUGUGAACGAAAAUCAUAUUGUUCGUAGGCGCAGGUUUGAAGGGUACAACCGAUCCAUUUUUAUCACAGUGGAGGAGAGACGUGAGAAAGAGCGUAUUCGCGAACGCGAACGUGAGCUUGAAAAAAGUGAACGUCGACAGAAAUCGAGAAGUCGUAGUCGUUCACGGAGUCAUUCUCAUAGUCGAAGGCAUAGUCGUCACCGUAAUGGAAAACAUUCCCACAGAAGUAGAAAACGACAUCAUCGUUCUUCCAAUCGAAAAAGUGAAGAUCGUCACUGACAGAUAUUUUGACACUUGUAUAAUAUUAUCUCCGAUUCCUAACCUGUAUUUAUUUUUUGUUCUUUAAUGCAUCGUCCAAGUAAACUCGUUUCUGUGACUUGCAUCCAGUUUUGUUUUAUACAUUGAAUGUUUUA